AUGGAACCCCCAGAUGAAGCGCCACAACGGUUGCUAGUUCUACUAGCACUCCUCUCAACGACAGCCAGUACACUCAUCAAACCUACAGGGCCGACGCUGAAAGAUGAUGCGGCUGAAAACUUCAAAUACUUCUCGCCCUUGUACCCCGUCAUCAAAGCCUUGCGGCACAUCACACUGUUCCUCACUUUUCGUCUCCCUCGAGUAAUGGGCACAAAAUUGACCAUUUGGUUUAUUUUCACACUCUGCGGCCAUUACAACGUGUGCGAGGUCAACCCAACCAAGCACAGGAAACAUAGCCCGUCAGUUAAUCUCGCAAGACGGGCGCUUCUUGCAGGGAUCACGCUACCAGUAUUCGCGGCGCUGGUUUGGUUCGACGAUCAUCGAUGGUUACAGUUCUUUGUGGCGUGCUUGGUCGGGGAUGCUGUCGCUCUCGAGGCCCUUACUUUGUUCGCGAUGCCGAAGCCAGACAGGGUUUACUUUCGCAAAGACUGGCCCAAAAGCAUGCUCUUGGGUCCUGGUUCGGGUGAGAGGGAAAUAAUCCCUGAGAUUUAUUGCCACCCAAUCGAAAUCAAAGCGAAUAAACAGACCGAGCAAGAUAAUAGCACAGACCCGGAAAAAAAGGAUUCGGAAGAGAAAGAACCCUCUGAUGGUGAUACAAACCAAGACGAGCCAGAGGGACCCGUCGGUGAAAACCUCUGCGAACGGGUCCAGCGACUCUCAAAUUCGGUGCUGCGAAGCGAUGUUGAGGCAAACAAGGAUUCUGAACAUACCAAAAACGACAUACUGACCAUUCUCCGAAUUUUUAGAGAGGGCAGAUCAACCUGGAAUUGCGGACAUCGAAAAUGUUUCGCAGUCAUACCCUGCGCUGUUCUCACACAGAUAGUGCGGCUGUUCAGCUUCCUGGCACCAAGCAUCUUCAUCUGCUGGAUGACCCUAAAUGAUAUUCAUCAUCUGUUGCCCGCUGUUCGGGCCAUGCUUAACCAAAACCUUUGCUUCAUUUUGUACGAGACUUUCUUCGCGGUCUGCGGGUUCAUCGCCAUCAAAGUGGCCUUCAGAAUGCUUAUGAACCGGCUCCCCAAAGUGCAGGCUACUCUUGACGGCAUCACUGAGAGCCUAGCUCGUCGAACAGGGCGUUCACCUGUGGCAAUCAGAGGCAACGCCCAGGGGCUUUUCAUGCUGGGGCCGUUGCAAAUUUAUCUCUAUUUCGUCAAUCCUGUCCCGAUGACGGAGGCGCGACUCUCGGCUUUUUUGACAAUCCUUCUGUUUGUCAUUUACCAGAUACCGGCGUGGAUGAUUUCUGGUAGGAUGGUCAGAAAGGCUGCAAAGGAUGAUGGUGAAGAUGGUGAGGAUAAGCCAACUGACGAGGCGCGGAAGGACAAGGAUUCAACGUUCCAGGAUAAGGCGGAUAUAGCGUACGGUCUUAUGUUUCCUCCUGCGGCAAUUGUGUUUCUUUGGUCUAGACUCUAG